AUGAACAGCCUCCCCGUCCUGCACUUUCUCCUGCUCCUGCUUGGACUGCAAGCCCCGCAGGUCCAGGGGCGGUCCUUGCUGACAUACCCGCCUCAGCAAAACUUCAAGAUGAUCAGUGAAAUUAUAGACAUCUUAAACAGUUCACCCUCGCCUGCAGAAGAAACCUUGGACCCAAAUGAGACAAACACCCUACUGAACACUACCCUUCUGAGGCCAAACCUGAAUGCAUUCUUGAAUGCUACCAAAUAUUUCUACAGCAAUGAAUCACUUAUCUGGAAAAAUCUUAAGGAAUUCCUGCCACUCCUGCCGACUCCCACACCCAUGGGAGAACCAAUCUCUAUUGGGAAUAACUGGAGUGAUUUCCAAAAGAAGCUGAAAAAGUAUCUGGAAACCCUUGAUAACUUUCUGAAUUUCAAGAACAACCACUGA